AUGGACCCCAAAACUAUCGAGACGCCAGCAUCCUGCUAUGUGGAUUUCUGUCUUGUGCCAGUUGGCACGGGCAACGUCUCCGUCGCCAAUGAGGUGGCAGAGGUGCAAAAGCUACUCAAGGCCUCAGGCCUCAAGUACACCAUGCACUCGGCCGGAACGACUGUCGAGGGCAACUGGGAUGAAGUCAUGAGGGUCAUCGGUCAGGCUCACACAGUCGUGCAUCGCGGAGGCGUGCAGCGAGUGCAGACGUCGAUGCGUGUUGGAUCCAGGACCGAUAAGAAGCAAACGGCAGAGGACAAGGUCAAGAGGGUCCAGGAUAUAUUGGCCUCUUCAUAG